AUGCCAUCUACUACCAGAAAUUAUAAAAUACGACCACGAGAUCGACAAAAAGUUAAAAGAGCACAUUCUCUCAAUCGAAAACAUAGAAUAUCACCAUCUAAAGUUCAACUGAAUCUUGACGAUUUGGAAACUAUACCAAAUAAAUCGAAUAAAAGGAAAUAUAUUCUGGGUAUUGGUGCUGGUACAUGCUGUUGUUUAGCUAUUUGUGCUGCAGCAAUUAUUCCAGCUAUUCUACUUACACAAAACAAUUACAAUAAUAAUUCACAAGAUGCAUCAACAAGUUCAAUUAAUGGAAAUAUGACUUCCACUACGGCAAGCAGUGGUAUUACUUCGGUCACAACACUGGCAAGCAGUGGUAUUACUUCGGUCACAACCACGGCAGUAACAACAACAAAUGCAGCUGGCUAUUCGUAUGUAGCUAGCAUCGAUUUAGCUUGUCAACCAUAUUAUUGCGGUGACCGUUUAGACAUAUCAACUACUGCCAAUUUAACAAAUUUAACUAUUAUUAUUAUUGUUCAAAAAACCGUUGGUGCUACAUAUAAGACUACGACAUACGAUACUGCACAGUCACUUAUACAACAAACGAAUAGUGAUAAUGGUACAACAAUUACUUAUACAUGGACACUAUUACCAGGAAUGAUAUUUCCAAUAAAUCAGUCCCCGCUUACAGUUGAAGCACAAUUUGAUUUAUAUGGUACAUCACAAAACACAACGGGAGAUACGUUCAGUAUCAUAGCCCAAGGAAAUGGUGUAACAACUAUGAGCACCGGACAUUUUUAG